AUGUUACGAGAGGCAUUUAUGGCUGGUAUUUGGUCGUCAGCUGGCAGUACGUUGGGGAAACUGUCGGGAACUCCUGCGGUUGGUGACAGUUACUUUUUAUGGGCUGCGCUAUUAAUAAGCAUGGUUUUAGUUAACACAUGGGGCUGCCGAUGUUACCUCAGAUCAUUAGAUGCUGCUUCAAACUCUGUCGCCCCAACAGUUAUAUCUUCUGCAUCCAGUUAUAUUUUAUCUGGUAUCAUUGGGGUGGUAAUGUUUAAUGAAGCUUCAUCAUUUAAAUGGUGGCUCGGUACAGCUUUAAUUAUACAAGGCUUGGCGUUAGUGGCUCGGUCAAGGAAAUGA